AUGAGGUUGAGCGACUUCUUGACGCCUCUGAAGUUGGUCUUCAACUUUUCCGCCAUGCUGUUCAGUUCCUAUAUGACUGAGCUGUGCUGGGAGUUGGAUGAUUUGUUGUUGGGGAAGGCAACAGGAGAGGUUGUUGAUGCGUUCAUUCAUCUCGUUAAGAUUAAGACGCAUCUCACUCUCAGCCUUCCUAUUUUCAGCCUAUUCUUGAAUCGUCAGUUCAUAGCUGUCAUCUUGAAGCUGGAGACGUUCUAUGCUGAGGCUAAGAUUGGAUUGCACUUUGACCAGGAGCUAUGUUUGGAGCUGUUGGAUCUUUGUGAGGUAGUUUUCAAUCAGAGGCAUGCUUUUUUCUUCCAGUUUGAGCUGAACAUCGGGAUGAUUGGUCCAAUCGAUUUGGUCGGCCACCCUGAGAAAUUGCAAAACAUUCGAGGAGUGAUCUUCUUCUUGGUGGCUUCUAACGCUUUCGGAGGCAUCCAGGGUACUCUUGCCACCUUCGCCAGCGAAAGACCAGUCUUUUUGCGUGAGCGUUUCAGCAAAAGUUACACAACUUUCACCUAUUUCCUCUCAAGAACUGCCAUCAACUUCCCCUUUGAACUUGUAUACCCAACCGCUGGAGCCAUUAUCAUCUACUGGGCCACUAGCUUUGGCGCGCAAACUGCCGAAGAAUGCUUUAAACUAGUCGCUAUGGUGAACGGUGUUUACUUCUGUUCUGCAAGUUAUGGACUUCUCUACGCUGCACUCAUUCCUAAGCUGGAGACUGCUAUGGCUUUGGUCCCUGUGCUCAUCAUUCCUUUCAUGCUUCUCGGCGGUUUCUUCAUCAAUUUGGACAACGUGGACGAUAUCAGAGUAAUCUUCUACCCUAUCAUGUACCUUUCACCCUUCAAGUAUGGUUCCAGGCAGGAAUGGACGCCGUCGGAAUCUCCAAGGAUAUUUAGCCUAGAACUCCAGUUGAUCUAUGGCUCAACAUUGUCAUCUUGA